GAAAGACCUAUGAUCAGUCGCCGCUCGCCAGUCAGUCACCAGCGCGGUGUUUAGCAGUACGGUCGUGUGGUCCGGCGCUCGUCGCCCGUUCAUUCGCAUCUUGCGCUCCCGCAAAAUCGUCGUAAGCGCCCUGCCGUGUGUCGCGAGUUCAGUUCAGUACACGCGAAACAUGACCGUUUGAGAAACGUCACGUCGCGGCUUUUUCCCAUCUCCCGCACUACUAUCCGCCGCGGUCAUUGGAAGUUUUUUUAAAUUUUUUCUUUUACGAAAAUGUUCGUCGCCCGUCGUCCUGUGCUGCUGCUACUUCGGCUGUUGUUGGCCGCCGCGUCCGUGGUCCGAGGCGGAUCCGCCGCGUACUGCGACGAAAACUUGUUCCCGGAAGUCGAUGACGCACAGCGACAGUACUCCGGCGUUCGGUUCACCAAGGAACUCAGCGCCACCGAGUACGGGCCCCUCAACUCGUUCAAGACGCUUCACUGUUGCGGCGAGCGGUAUCUCAGUCUCGAGUGGUUCAAGGAUAAUCGUCCCUACCCGUGGCCUGGUGACGUCUCUAGUUUCAUAUUGAAUCCCGAAAGCGCUAAUCAAACCAUAUACACGCGGAGUUUGACGUCGUCUGACCACGGUGUAUAUACUUGUCAACUGGCCAAUCAAACGAACAUUGUAAAUCAUUCAAUGAAACUCGUCACUUUCGAUGUUAAGUCUUAUUGGGAAGACCCUUUGCCUACGUAUGAAAUGGCAAAUGUACACUAUGCACAACCAGGAGAAUUGGUCAGACUGUAUUGCGAGGGUUUCGUAGGGAAAGUUGGUCUACCGGACGCCGUCAACACAAUAACGUGGAAAAAAACCAGUGAAAAACAGACAAUUAUUUCAAACGAUAAAUACAGAAUAGAAGAAGUGAUUAGGGAAAAUGACCAAGUAUUGGGAGCAUUCCUAUUCAUAAACAAAAUUCAAGAGAGUGACUAUGGACAGUAUAUGUGUUCCAUCAGCAAUACUGAUGACCAAAUUGUGCAACAGUUUACUAACAUCACAAAACCCGUGUUUAACUACGAACAAUCCGAUAAAAAAGUGCAAAGAGACCUUAAAUUGAUAAUUUUUGUCAUGAUUGCGUUAAUUUCGAUCGUUUGGAAACGCUGGUGGUUCUACUUAACGUAUCAAAAGCUGAAGAAAAAAUUUGAAAGUGAUAAAUAUGCGCUAUCAGAGAAGACUAUAUAUAAUGUAAUUGUAUUUUACGACGAAGCGAACAAAGAAAAUGCCCAAUACUUAGUGGAAAAUAUGGAACAUCGUGAUAAUUAUAUAACUAAGAAAUAUCACAUCGAUUUUGAUGAAGACUUAAUAAAAACACAAACAGACUUAGUAAAAGGAUUUGACUUUGCUGUUUAUUUAUUGUCUUCAGACGACAAAAUUACAUCGUCAUUGAUGAAAAAAUCAUCGCAAACAUCUUUUGUUCAAAACAACGUCACUCCUAAGAAAUUCAUAAUUGACUGUAGCAAUAUGCCCGCGACGCCGACGAAAUCGUGGUGUGACAGGGUCUUAGCGGAUUUGAGAAGUGAUGAGCACGCAAAGCGAAAUAAAAAUACCUCGAACAAAUUGAUGAGAGUCGUCUAAAUAAAAUCGUAACAACGUUCGGUAGCUGUCAAUGUCAUAAUGUAAUGAUUAUAUUAUAUCGUUGAAACAUAGUAUUCCUAUACACACCAAACAUUAUAUAACCACGAGAUGAGAUUCCAUUAACAAAAACAAAAAUCUUUAUUUAUUAUUGUUAUAUAAUCUAAUUUAAAUAUUAUAUAGGUGUAUACCUAAUAAUAUUAUUGAUUUCGUUAUAUUAUGAUUAUAUACAUAAUAAUAUAUAUUAUUAUUAUUAUUAUUAUUAUUAUUAAAAUUUACUACCGACAAGUCCCGUUAUAUAAUAUUAUAAAUAUGCUACUAUACAAUAUCCAUGCGUGUAUACUCCGUAGUGUAAAUACACGCGUUUAAUAAUUUUUGAUAUCCUAUGGGCCAUGGGCGCUACUUAUUGUUGUACUUAAUAAUAUCGUAGUUUUUGUGCGCGAUUACACGUGAUUAUCCCAUGACGAGUUCUACCGGCGGCGGCGUCGUCGUCGAACGGACAAAUUUAAUGUAGGGUCAGUUGUUGUUAUUGCUGUUACGAUGUGUACGGCUUAUAACGGUGAGCUUAUAUAAUAUUUAUUUAAUAUUGGUUUAAGUCGAUCGGUCUGUAUAUGUAUAGUUAUAUUAUUUAUGUAAACAGUAUUAAUUUGUGCCGUUGGGGAAAUGAUCAAUCAUCAAUUCUUCUUCGCACAAACCUAACUUUUCAGUUUGCUGAUCGCGUUAUAAUAAUAAUGUAAUGUUAUGUUUGUUUCCUCCGAUUAUUGCCAUAUUUCUCUCUCUCUCUCUCUCUCUCUUUCUCUCUUUCUCUAUCUGUCUCUGUAUCUCUCCUCUCUCUGUCCAUUUUCAUCCACAUAUGUGUAUAUAUAUUAUAUCUACAUAUUAUAUUCCUUAGGUACUCUCGAUCUUUACGAAUCAAAGUUUUAUGGUUCGUUCUUUUUUGUUUAACCACCUAGGUUUAAUUUUGGAGAUAACAUGUAAUUUUAAUGUAAUAAAACGCCUAUUAUAAAAUGA